GGACAUACUUCAAGGUGUGAAUUAUGCAUCUGGUGCAGCAGGAAUUUGCCAAGAAAUUGGGAAUCAGUUGGGUGAUUGCAUCAGCUUUGGUGGGCUGUGGGCAGUUGAAGAAUCACUGGGUUACAGUCUCACGCAAUAUUAAAAAACUAGGAAAUAAGUACUCAGCCAUCAAGUACCUAAACAAGUGCUUAUAUUCAGUUGGAAUGGGGAAUAAUGAUUACAUUAACAACUACUUCAUGCCUAAGAAUUACAACACAAGCCACCAGUACAAUCCCCGAUCAAUUUCCCACCUUCCCCUCUUUUUGUUUCAGACUUUGCACCAUAAUGGAGCAAGGAAGUUUGCACUAUUUGGAGCGGUAGUAGUAGGCUGCACUCCAAAUUCAAUUUCUUUAUAUGGCACAAAGGGCAAAGCGUGUAGUGUAGAAGAAAUCAACACUGCGGUCACUUUAUUUAACCAGCAGCUUAUAUCACUAGUUGAUAAUUUGACAUAUAUGGCACAAGAAACACAGGAUGUUGAGGAGAAAAAGUGGCCUCCCCACAUUGAACAUCUUUUCAUUGACCUCAUGGUCGAUGAACAACAAAAGGGGAACAUGGAACAUGGUGUCUUUAAGGCCAAAGUUUGGUUAUCAAUUACGAAAAUCCUAAAUGAGCAUACUGGGAAGGAUUUCACCCCUAAGCAAGUGAAAGACAAGCAUAAUAGGCUUAGGCAAAAACAAAGAAAGUGGGGCCAGCUUUUGAGGCAUACCGGGUUGGGGUGGGAUGAGACAACCCAAACGGUGACGGCUUCUGAUGAGGUGUGGGCUAACGUGAUUGCGGGGGAUAAUAAGGCAGCUGCAUUACGGAAGAAAGGGUGUCCUGAUUAUGAGAAGCUGAAGCAACUUUUUGCCCCUAAUACUGCAACUGGUUCCCUUCAAAUUUCCUCAAACACGCCAGCCCCAGAUAGUGAUGAAGAGCGUGUCUUGGAAGAGGAACUUGCCAAUGAGGAACGUGAGGCACAUCGUACCCAGUUGGAUAAUGAUGAUUGCUACAAUCCCAACAUGGAGGGCGUAACCCAAGACGAUCCCACUGUUGAUGAGCAAACCCAACGCGCGGACAAACGUCCCAUGCAAGAGCCUAGUACCAAGGGGAAAAAGGUUGCUAAGAAGAAUGAUAGGGCUAGUGAGAUGACCAUGGCUCUACAAGAGUACACUGCCUUAGCAAGGGAAAGGUUUUCCAAGAAAAAGGGAAAGUCGUUUGGUAGCUCUGAUCAUGUUGCACAAUCCGCCAGUGGUGGCGAUCCUUGCUCACUUGGGAGGGCUUUAGAAGUGCUGAAUCAGUAUACUGAUCUUGAUGAUGACACCUACCUUAAUGUCGCCGAGGCUCUCCAAAAGAAGGAGAAAAGAGUGUUGUUCAUGGGCAUGCCCGAGCAAAGGAGGAAGAGGUUUAUGGAGCGCUACGCUCAGCCGCCGGAUAACUAA